AUGUCGAAUGAGAGCGGCAAUAGGAUUCAUCCGGAGCACAAGCUUGAGCUGAUGAUGCAGGGAGACCCUUUCUUCUGCAGCGCGUGUAGACAGAUCGGGUUCGGAUUUUCUUAUGGUUGCGAGACAUGCCUCAUCCUAGUCCACAAAAAGUGCAUGUACCCGCCUUCAACGGUGUCACACCCUCUACAGAAGAAUUGCAACCUCAAGUAUAAUCCUCAAGCUGAUACCAGUGGUGCUUGCACCUUCUGCAGCGCAUGCUCGGAGCCUCUUCGCAGCAGCGCAUACAGCUUCGUUGCCUCUGGCAAUCCGAGCUUCCACCCAUCUUGCCUCCACCUCCAGAAAUGCAUACACGUCAACGAUGUCAUGCUCAAUCUCGUCGAAUCGUGUUCCUCAGCUUGUGACUGGUGCGGGAAGAAGUCGAUCUGCCUGAACAAAGUCGAGAUCCCGAGUUGGUGGUACGUGUCUGAGGGCGCGAAGCACCGCUACCAUGUGGGGUGCGUGAGAGAAAUGAUGGUGGAGAGCUGGAAGAGUGGCGGCAUCUCUUACGACGAGGACGCUGAUGACGGCCAGACAUCAAUGACAGCCGACAAGCCUUGUAAAUGGAAAGGCAAGAAAAGAGGGUUUGUCGGGAGGACGAUAGUAAAGUUUGCUUUUGUUACCGGGUGGUCGGCGCUCACUGGAGACGUGACCGGAAUUUCGGGAAACUUGUUAUGGAACCGACGAUCAAAGUUAAUCGAACGUUCCCGAUUCUUGACAUAG